UGCUGUGAGCGGGGGCGUUGACACACCUGGGGAAUUACAAGAACAAGCAACCGUGUUGUUAGAUUUCUAAUGGAGGUUGACACUACAAAGUUCAUGCAUUGAGUUCCAGCUGCGGGAUAAGUGACAACAUGUACACAACGGAGCGCAGGAGAAUGAGCCUGCGCGAGCUGAAGAGGAAAGAUCCAGUGUGGGUGUCUGCUGGAAGUUUGUGGCAGGACUCUCUGGCUAUAGAGCUGAGUGCCAGCGGCUCCGUUAGACCGAUCGUUUCCCCACGCAGUCGGACCAGGGCUGUCUCCGUGGCAUACAUCUUGAACGAGCACGCGUCCGUGCCGCAGACUGAGGAGAACUUAUCCCUGAAAUGUCUGAAGGAAGCUUGCGCGGACGCACAGGCAGUUUUCAAAACAAUCCCAUUUGAGAGAAUAUCCCUGGGCACCACGGACAUCCUGGAUAGUUUCUACAACGCAGAUGUAGCAGUGGUGGAGAUGAGUGACACUUUCUGCCAGCCCUCCCUGUUCUACCACCUGGGAGUGAGAGAAAGUUUCAGCAUGAACAAUAACAUAAUACUGUAUUGUUACAAGCAAGACAGUGAUCUAUCGGCUGUUAAGGAGCAGUGUGGAAGCUACACGUUCCUCCCUUACGUAGUGUCCCCUCAGGGAAAAGUGUUUGCCUGUGAUGCUGCCAUGAUGAACGGUAUCAAUGAGUUGAUGCAGCCUAGUUUCCAGCUGGAGCCCCUGCUGACUCCGAUGGUGGACAGACUGGUGCAUCUGCUGAACAAUGUGCACAUUCAGUCCAGUGAGUACUUCCGGGAGUCGAUCAGGCACGAGAUCCGUAUGGCACGGGAGCGGUUUAGUGGCCAAGCCCUGAGUGAGGAGCUGAGCCGCAUCCAGAAACGCUUGGACAGUGUCGAGCUGCUCACCCCUGAUAUAGUCACCAACCUGCUGUUGUCCUACAGAGACAAUCAGGACUACGAUGCCAUAAUCAAACUGGUGGAGACUCUGAAUGACCUACCCAUGUGUCUGGUAGCCAGACAUCAGAAUAUCAAGUUUAACUACAUCUUUGCUCUAAACAGGAGGAAUCUCCCUGGAGAUCGCGCCAAGGCUUUGGAUGCAAUUCUACCCAUUGUGGAUUCAGGGGUGAAAGUGGCGUCAGACAUCUACUGCCUGUGUGGAAGGAUCUUCAAAGACAUGUUCAUGAGCUCUGGUUUCACUGAUGAGCGCAGCAGAGACCAGGCCUGCUAUUGGUAUGGAAAAGGGUUUGAGACAGAGCCAACUCUUCACUCGGCCAUCAACAACGUGGUCCUCCUGAUGGCAGCUGGACAUGAAUUUGACACUUCUAUUGAACUGCGCAAAAUAGGCGUGACUCUAAGCACUCUGCUCGGUAGAAAGGGCAGUUUGGAGAAGAUGAAGGAUUACUGGGAUGUCGGCUUCUACCUUGGGGCAAACAUCCUCGCUAACGAACAUCGGAAAGUCAUCAUGGCCUCUGAUAAACUUUACAGACUCAAUGCUCCUGUAUGGUAUGUGGCAUCCAUCAUGGAGACGUAUAUCCUGUACCGUCAGUUUGCCAAGCUUCCUGAGGUGAAAUCUCCUAAACAGGAAACGUUGGACUUCUGGAUGGAGCUGCUUUUGCAAACCUGUAAACCCACCGACUCCACAGGCCGCUGCCCAGUGCUCAUUAUGGAGCCCAGUAAAAUCCUCCAACCAGCUAUUGUGUGUGUGAGCGAGGAGGAUGACAGCUGCACUGUCCAGUUGAGACACGUCACUCCCUUAAAGAAAGGCUUACACCAGUGGACGUUCCCAGCCUCUGCAAUUCGGGGAGUGAGUGCUUCAAAGAUUGAUGAGCGGAGCUGCUUCCUGUAUGUCCACUACAACUCAGAUGACUUCCAGCUCUGCUUCCCCUCCGAGCUUCACUGCAAAGGUUUCUGCGAGCUGGUGAACUCUCUGCUGCAGCAGGCUGAAGACCCCGCUCAGGACCUGAACCAUGUAGCAGAGGGAGUACUAGAGUUUGUCUACGAGACCAAUGAGAAUGGCGACAAGGUGCUUCUGGGUAAAGGGACGUACGGUGUGGUGUAUGCUGGGAGAGACCUGAGCAACCAAGUGCGCAUCGCCAUCAAGGAAAUCCCUGAGAAGGACAGCACGUACUCCCAGCCCCUCCACGAGGAGAUAGCUCUGCACAAGAGGCUAAAACACAGAAAUAUUGUCCAGUACCUGGGCUCUGUCAGUCAGGAUGGUUUCAUCAAGAUCUUCAUGGACGAAGUACCUGGAGGAAGUUUGUCAUCUCUUCUCCGCUCCAAAUGGGGUCCCCUGAAAGACAAUGAAGCCACCAUCAUCUUCUACACCAAGCAGAUCCUAGAGGGGCUUAAAUACCUUCAUGACAAUCAGAUAGUCCACAGAGACAUUAAGGGUGACAAUGUAUUGAUCAACACUUAUAGUGGAGUGUUAAAGAUCUCUGACUUUGGAACCUCCAAGCGGUUAGCAGGGAUUAACCCCUGCACUGAGACCUUUGCUGGAACUCUGCAGUACAUGGCCCCAGAGAUUAUAGACCAGGGGCCUCGGGGUUAUGGGAAGCCGGCUGAUAUCUGGUCCCUGGGGUGCACUAUUAUAGAAAUGGCAACGGGCAAACCACCCUUUCAUGAGUUGGGAAGUCCGCAGGCAGCCAUGUUCAAGGUGGGCAUGUUCAAGAUCCACCCCAAGGUGCCAGAGUGCAUGUCAGACAAGGCGAAGGCCUUCAUGAUAAAAUGUUUCCUACCGGACCCCGACUACAGAGCUACGGCCGCAGAGCUGCUGAAUGACACUUUCCUCAGGUCGUGCCCCAGGAAGAAGGCCAGGACCCCGGAGGAUUCACAACCUAAAGAAUACCUUUCUGCUGCUGACUACCAGCGCAGCUUGUCUGUACCUAUCUCCAUCUUUGUGGAGGACACAGAUUCGUACUCGGGUUCGAUUGACCUGUCCUGUUCCCUUGACCUCAGGAUGCACCAACUCCCCCUCAGAGUAAUUGAAACCUCUGAGAGUAUCAACAGCUUUCUGUCAAUACCAGAAGACUCUCCAUUAGACAUGGGCAGUCCAGCCACCACAGAGGAGAACGUUGGUCUUUUUAUGCUGAGGAAGGACAGCGAAAGGAGAGCCACACUACACCGAGUCCUCACAGACUACAUCAGCCAUGUUGUCUCUCAUAUACAGGAGUCUGUGCCCCAGCAUGGCGAGGGAUCAUCGCUGACUGCAGAUCAGAUCACUGAGCUCGUUCACUGCCUGGGAGACAACAUCCGCUCCCCGGACAGGAAGCAGCUGACCAGCAGCCUGCUGCGCCUCAGAGCCACCCUGCUGGCUGCUGUAGUGUCACUGAACGGCCUGCAGGCGGUGCUGUUUAGCUUCCAAGAUGCAGUGAAGAAGGUGUUGAGACAACAGCAGGUGAAGCCUCACUGGAUGUUUGCUCUGGACAAUCUGCUGAGACAGGCGGUGCAGGACGCCAUCACUGUGCUGCUACCAGAGCUGAAAAUCCAGCUGCAGUCCUCCUUUGAGACUGAAGACAGCACUUCUGAGGAGCAUCCUGCUGACCCAGACACUCCUGUAGUCAUUGUCCCAGACCAGGUGUGGGCCCCACCAGACAUGCAGCAGACAACAGCCUCCAUUUAUAAGAUUCUGCCUACUGCAAGCCCCGACUCCCCAACAGACCUGGUCCUCAACAGCAACUGUCCCCUCAGUGAGAAACUGAGAGACAUGCGGAUAGAGACCAGCAGACUGCUGAGUCAGCUGCAUGAGAAGGAGAGUGAGUAUCAGGAGCUACUGAGGAACUCUGUCAGGAGGAAGCAGGAACAGAUGGAUGCACUGAUGAAAGCAGCUGCCACUGAAGACGGUGGAUUGGCUAAACGGAAAGGCUCAAAUCCAGAAGUGAGGGCUUUGGUGCGCUGGCUCGAGUCUGUCCCUGUAGAUAAAUACACUAUAAAUAAGUUGCUCUCUCAUGAGUUCACCUUGGACUGUCUCCUUUUCAUGGCCUCCAGGGAUGACUUGAUGUACUGUGGAAUAAGAGGUGGCAUGCUGUGUCGAAUCUGGGCCGCCAUCAGAGCUCGGAGGAAGACACAGCUCAGCACACACAAUGAGGACAGUGAGGACACUCUUCUUUAAUGGCUGCUGAACAUCAAAGGACAGAUUUAUUGACGGGCUGGCCCUGUUUCAUCUGGAGGAUGAGAGACAUACAGGGAUGUAAAGCAGGAUAGAUUGUAGUCAUGUUGUUGAACUGUGAAUGUCAUUUCUUAAAAAGAGACGGACUAAUUCUUGCCGUUUUAGUGCAUAUCAAAUUCUUCCCUUUCAUUUCAGAUAUUUCCAAUAUUUCAUAUUUUUGCAGGGCUUUCAAAAGUGGGAUUUUAUUAUGCCUUUUUUAAAGCAGCUGUCUUGAAGAGUAUUUAUUUAUCUGCAAAAAACAUGAUAAAUAUGUCUUAACGGUGCCUGUUGAUGCUAUUUUACUCUGUGUUACAGAAAACUUGUGCGUAAGAUUUUAAUAUUUUAUUUAAGUCAAAUGUCUGGGGUUGAUUGAAACUGAUUGUUUGUACAUCCUGUUAGUAUUCAUGCACAAUAAACAGGAACUUAAAAUCUGU